CGGCGCGCUGGCCGUCACACUGACCUUGUGGGUGGGGUUUCCGCCUGCGUCCCGAGCCGCCCACAUCCCCCGGUCACAGCGCGCCUCCCGCGGACACGCAUUUCCUGCCAGGCCUCACGGUACACCGCAGCGGAGUCUGACUGAGCCCGGCCGUUACGAAGCUGGUCGCCAUGGUGGACGAGCUGGUGCUGCUGCUGCACGCGCUGCUGGUGCGGCACCGCGCCCUGAGCAUCGAGAACAGCCAGCUCAUGGAGCAGCUGCGGCUGCUGGUGUGCGAGAGGGCGAGUCUGCUGCGUCAGGUACGUCCGCCGAGCUGUCCGGUGCCCUUCCCCGAGACGUUUAACGGCGAGAGCGCCCGGCUCCCCGAGUUCAUUGUGCAGACGGCCUCUUACAUGCUCGUGAAUGAGAACCGAUUCUGCAACGACGCCAUGAAGGUAGCAUUCCUAAUCAGCCUCUUGAGCGGGGAAGCCGAGGAGUGGGUGGUGCCGUACAUCGAGAUGGAUAGCCCCAUCCUAAGUGAUUACCGGGCUUUUCUUGAUGAGAUGAAGCAGUGUUUUGGCUGGGAUGACGACGAAUCUGACGACGACUAUGAAGAGGAUGAUUACUAGGCCCGAGCCCCUUUGGCCUAGAGGGGGAGGGCCCUGCACGCCUCCGCCUCCCCACCCUACCCCACCCCCACCCGCCACUUCUUGUGCUGCCGCGCUCCCCCUUCGCACUGCCAUCCCCUUCCCUGCCCUUCUGUGCUCAACUCCAUUCCUUGUAGUGCUUGUCUUUGUUCCAGGAAUAGCAUUCCAGUUACUGCUGCAGGGGCUGGGGUUGGGCCUGGGCCCAGCCCCGGGCCCAGCUCUGAAGCCUAGCUUGUCUUCAAUUGGGGCCAAUCUCAGCACCCUUCUGUUGCUAAUCUGAACUGUGUUCUGAGCUUCAGCCAUUGUCUAAGCUCCCCGUUAACUCAACCUCAACCGCCAGUCCUGCAUCUGCCCAGAGACUCAUGCUGUGACCUUACCGCUACUCGCCUCAUCCCAUCAACAGACAUGCCUUUGGAGAUAAGGACCAAGUAGAAGAUGCCUAAGUUGGCUACACCUCUUCAGACUCUGAUUUGGACAGCUCACCCACCCUUGAAGGGGGUCAUUCAUUCAGUCUGGUUAGUUCUCCACCUACUCCUGUGACUUAGCAAAUGGCUGCAGGAGCCUGAUGUGCCUGACAGCUAGAACAUUAACAUUUAUUUUCUUCAUAUGCAUCAGUUUUACUGUCGUUUUUGUUUCAAAAUUGCAGCAGUCUCACAGAUGUGUACAUUUGGACAAAUAAUAAAAAAAACAAAACCAGAUGUUCAUCCCAACUCCUCUGUACUACCUGGAAAAAAGCAAUGGCAUACUUUCCAAUAAAUAUCAAGCACUACAAAAAUAGAAA